AUGGAAUCGGUUGUAGCCACAGUCAGUGGAUACCACGGAUCCGAGCGGUUCAAGCUCAUCAAACUGAUAUCUCAUACUGGCGCAAGCUAUGUCGGUGCUAUGAAUCAAUCCACGACACAUUUGGUUUGUUGGAAAUUUAACGGGAGGAAAUACGAGCUUGCGAGGAAGUUCAAGAUGGUUAUAGUUAACCAUCGAUGGGUUGAAGAUUGUAUAAAAGAAGGAAGACGUGUACCAGAGCAUCCAUAUCUUUCCCGAUGCGGGCAGGAAGUUGGGCCCUUACUGUUGGAUAUUCCACUUGUUGCUGCUAAAGCAAGGCUUUUGCAUCGGCAAUCCAAUGUAUGCGUCAAGUUUAAAGAACCUGUGAUAGACAUUGACUGUGAAGAGAUUGACCAUGCUGAUUGGAUUGAUUCUAGUUUGUUAAAUAAGAAGAGGAGCAUCACUCCUUCAGCUGAACCUUCUCGCAAAAGCCGUAGGCUGGUGAAAAGGAGCACAACUAGGGAUAUUUUGAAGUCUUUUUCAGAUUCUGAGCAAGAGUGCCACCCAAAACCAUUUCGUCACCAGCAGAAUGAGAUUGAAGUUCCAUCUGAGAAUUCUGAUGGUGGGAGGAAUGAAAGUAUAUCGAGGGUCAGGGAAGAGUCUGAUAGUAGGUGUUAUAAUCACGAGGCAAACAGAAUAGAGGGAAUGGGAGUGGUUGAAGAGUUUACAAAUUUGAAUGGCAUUCUUGCUUUCGAAGAUUCAAGUUUAGGUAUUGCGGGUUCUUUGUCUUCCCUGGUUAGAACUCCAGAAGAACAUUGUUCCAUUGUCGAUGACGACAUAAAUGACAUCGGACAUAUUACUAGAUUGUCUACAUCGACAGAGUUAUCAUGUGUUAUAUGCUGGACAGAUUUCAGUUCAACUAGGGGGGUUCUACCAUGUGGGCAUCGAUUUUGUUUUUCGUGCAUCCAAAGCUGGGCUGAUCAUAUGGCUUCAAGGCGAAAGAUUUCGACAUGUCCAUUGUGCAAGGCCAGUUUUGCGAGAAUUACAAAGGUUGAUGAUGCAGUCUCUUCUGAUCAAAAAAUAUAUUCGCAAACUAUUCCGCAUGACUCAUUAAACAUUGAUGUAUACCUUCUUCCCAAUGGGGAAUCCACUCUUGGUCCACAGCAAUCAUUAGCACCAGUCUGCUGUCAGUGCUCUUGUCGGGAGCCUCAGGAUCUUCUCAUUAGAUGCCAUCUCUGCCAGAGUCGAUGUGUUCAUUCCUACUGCUUGGAUCCUCCAUUGUUUCCAUGGAUAUGUGCUCAUUGCAAGGAUCUCCAAGUGCUUUACCAUCAUGUCCGCUGGUUUUAA